AUGGAGAAGAAACCGCCCUUCGUUAGGAGGGAGUUUCCUCCCAGGGAGAUGUCAUCCACCUCCUUAGCCUUACUCCUUGCGGCCCUCCUCCUCCUCAAUACCUUUCUCUACCUGUACCUCAACAAGUUUUACAUCGCAUCCGGACAUGCCGAAGCAGACCCUGGCCUCUGCCCUUUCGGGUAUUUCAAAUUGGGAACGGUGAAGAAUUGUUCCCCGUGGCUCUCCUGUGAAGCCAUAAAUAGGGAAGUCAGGAAACUCAAGUGUGUUGGUGAAGGUGCCGUGAAAAAGGUCUUCCUUUCUGAGUGGAAGGAAAACAAAGUGGUCCUUUCACAGCUUACCAACUCAGAGCUGAAGGAGGACUUUCUCCAUGGACUGAAGAUGCUGAAAGCACUUCAAAGCAAGUAUGUUGUCCGUCUGCUUGGCUACUGUGAGCAGCAGUUCACAAUCCUCACUGAAUACCAUCCUCUAGGCUCACUGAGGGGCCUGAAUGAGACUCUCCACAUCCCCAAGUACAAGGCCAUGAACACCUGGCACCGCAGGCUGAUGCUUGCUAUGGACUAUGUGAGUGUCAUUCGGUACCUGCACAGCAGCCCCCUGGGCACCUUCGUGAUGUGUGACUCAAAUGACUUGGAUAAGGUCCUCUCUCAGUAUCUCCUAACGAGUGACUUUCACAUCCUGGUGAAUGAUUUGGACGCUUUGCCUCUGGUGAACAGGAGUGCUGGCAGUCUGGUGAAGUGUGGUCACCGGGAGCUCCAGGGUGAGUUUGUGGCUCCUGAGCAGCAUUGGCCCUAUGGAGAAGAGGUGCCAUUUGAGGAUGACCUCAUGCCUCCCUAUGAUGAGAAAACAGACAUCUGGAAAAUCCCUGAUGUCACCAAUUUUUUCUUGGGCCACGUUGAAGGAAGUGACAUUGUGCGGCUGCAUUUGUUUGACAUCCAUGCAGCAUGUAAGAAGAAGGACCCAGCUGAAAGGCCUUCUGCCCAGGAGGUCUUGGAUACCUACAGGAAAGUUUUGACUCUGCUUAUUCGGGAGGCAGCCCUGCCUGGCACUAGGGAAAUGUUAUAGUGAAUCAUCAGACAAACAUGG